AUGUCAACGAAAACACUAACAACAGAUUUGGAUAAUUGCUUAAUCAAUUUCACAAGCAAAGUGUUAGUCACCAAUUUGCUGGAUGAAUACGGUGGAUUACUUGAGGAAGUUGCAAAAACUGUUCAAGAAUUUCUCGUCGCCGAGGAGAAGAAAGGCAAAGAAUUCGAGAAGAUAUUCCUUCUGAGUGGAAGACAACCCGAGUCCGAGGAUGAGGUAAUUACAUUGGUUCCUGAUGAAAAAUUACAACAAAGAAAAGAACAACUCAGAGAUGCCACAUGCAUGCUAUACAGUGCUGAAAUUGUUGGUGGAUCGAAAUCACCUCCAACACCAUUUGUUCCACUGCGGCAGAUGGCUAUUAAGUUAGAUAGUUUGGUGGUGAAAGAUUCUCCAAUGACUCGUGGGUUGUUGCCUGUUUCGAAUGGAACAAGUUCCAAUGCCAAUAAUGCCACCAAGGAGCCCACAAAAAAGACUGGUGGCGCUCUUGGGGCGAUGUUUAAAAAACAAGAAGCUACAACAGCAGCUAAUGCUAAGCCAGUUCCUGAGACAAGUACUCCAAAGAAGCUCGAAGCAGAGAAAAAAGCAGACAAAUCUGGGUCUCUGGGAGCAAUGUUCAAAAAGCAGGAAGCAGCAGCGACUAAGAAAAGCCCUAAGGCUGAACCAGAAAAGAAAGCAAAUCCCUUGGGAGCCAUGUUCAAGAAACAGGAAGCAACUGCUGCCACAAAAAAGUCUCCUACAGAGAAGAAAGACAAAUCCGAAUCGAAAUCUUCCAAGAAAGGCUUAACCAACUUCGUAACGAAUAAAGAAGAGGACAAAAAAGUUAAACCCGUUCCUAAGAAAGUUGAACAGAUAAAGGUCAAAGAAGAGCCAAAUGUCUCUGUCAAUUUGUUCGAAGAGAGUGAAGCUUCUUCAGACGAUGAAGAAGCCUUAGAUGCUCUCAAGCGCGAGGUGCUUACAGACGACGAAGAUGACAAACCAGCCACAAGCAGCAAACGGCGUCGCAUCAUUGAUUCCGAUGACGAAGAUACCGGUCCAGAGGUUAAGGUCGAACGCAAGGAAGUCACCGAUGAGGCAAUGGAAGUAGAAUUGGUCGACGAGGAAGAUGAGGAACCAAAGAAAUCUGAGACAUUCUUAGAUGAGGAUGGUUUCAUUGUCACAAAGAAACCUAAAAAACAGUCAAUUCCUAGGAAACCAAAUCCAACACCAGUGAAAUUAAAAACUCCAACAAAGGUGAAGAAGGAAUCACCAAAAUCAGCAAGCUCAUCGAAAAAGAAGGACACACAGAGUAAGACACCAGCCCCGAAGACAAAACAGGGAAAUAUUAUGAAUUUCUUUACAAAGAAAUAA